AUGUCGGUCGAAAUUGUCUUAGAUUCGCCUCUGGCACACGCGCUCAACGCUUCUAUUCAACCAAAGCUUCUGGAAGUAGGGUGGAGUACUGGUGGCGCUGAUGACUCUGCGCUUUCCGAAUAUAUUAUUCUCAUGUUAGUAAAUGGGAAGACUCAAGAACAAAUCGCUGCAGAAUUAUCAGGCGAUCUUCUGAAUCUUGGAGAUGACGAUCCGGGAGCAAGAGAUUUUUCGCAGUGGCUGUUUGACCAGGUUGGAUCGUUAAAUUCACAAACCAGCGGUGGAGAAUUUUCAGAUACUGGCGCAGAGACUGGACAGGCCCAGUUUGGAGACUCAAAUGUAUCACAAGAUGCGGAUAUGAAUGAUACUUCAGAGGCGGGCGAUGUAAAUGUACCAACAGGUCCAAAGUCAAUGCGAAAUGGAAGUGGUGGUAUUAAUCGUCCACGGGAUAAGCGUAUGAUGAAUCAUUUGACGAAGGCAAUGGAUCGCACGCACGAUGCCGCUCUCCAUCGGGUUCGAACUCAAUCUGGAAAUGAACGAAUAAAUACACAUACGCGAGGACCCCCGACAGGACCAAGAGGGGGACCUGUAAACAUCCGAGGUGCUGCUCGCAUGCAGAACGGGCGUGGACAGGGAGGCAUGGGAGGUAUGCCGACGCAGCAUGGUGCAGCACAAAAUAUUAUGGGCAUGUCUCCACAACAACAACUCGAACUGUAUGCUAUGCUUGAGCAGCAAUCGAGAAUGAUGGCACAAAUGUUUACUCCACAACAACAACAACAGAUGAUGUCACGAGGGGGAAAUGGCAACAGCGCAGGAUUCCCGGGACAAGGCAGACCUUUACAUGAACGCAUGCAACAUCCUAGCCGACCCCAAAAUAAAGAGUUUCAGAAACGUCACGACCAACAGCCACAACCCCAGAACGACAGCUCGAUGGAUGUUGAAAUGUCUUCUAGUGACAAGGUCGAUAGUCUUUCACCAGACACUACAUGCAGGUUCAACUUGUCUUGCACAAAUAAGGAUUGCAAAUUCGCACAUCAAUCUCCAGCAGCUCCUCCAGGAACGGCCAUCGAUGUUGCAGAUAUUUGUUCUUUUGGUGCAGCUUGUAAAAAUCGAAAAUGCGUAGGACGACAUCCAUCCCCGGCUCAAAGAGUUGCACAUCAAACCACACAAGAUUGCAUGUACUUCCCAAAUUGUAAAAAUACCAACUGCCCCUUCCGACAUCCCACAAUGCCACUCUGCCGAAAUGGCGCCGAUUGCACAGCAACGAACUGCACAUUCACACACGUCAAGACCAUGUGCAAGUUCAAUCCUUGCUUAAAUCCGACAUGUGCAUUCAAGCAUGAAGAUGGUCAGAAGAGAGGGAAGUUCGACGAUAAGGUAUGGGUAGCAGAUGGCACGAAGGAGCAUGUCAGCGAGAGAAAGUUUGUGGACGAGGACGGGAAUGAGGAAUUGAUUGUACCUGGAGCUACAGGAGCUGCAGACACAGGAGCAGGAACAAAUGGUGAUCCAGAAACUGCUGAAUAA